UCAAGCCAGGAAGUGACGUCAGCGCCAACAAGACGUUGGACGAACUCCGCUGCCACGGCGCGCGCGCGUCCCAGUAUACGGUCACUUCGAGAGGGAAGCCAUGGGCAGCUCGCGCUGCUUCGCGCUUCUCUUACUGUGUUUCGGACCCUCGGCAGCCGGAAGCGUUGGUAGGUCUUUCACCGUAGACUACGAGAACGACCGCUUCCUCAAGGAUGGCGAGCCAUUUCGCUACAUUUCCGGUUCAAUGCACUACUUCCGGGUCCCGCGGCCCUAUUGGCGGGAUCGCAUGGACAAGAUGAGAAUGGCCGGACUGAACGCCCUGCAGACCUACGUAGAAUGGAGCGGCCACGAGCCGGAGCCGGGACAGUUCAACUUCGCCGGAGGCUACAACCUGGAGGAUUUCCUCGACACCGCUGCGGACGUGGGGCUCCUGGUCAUACUGCGACCGGGUCCGUACAUCUGUUCUGAGAGGGACAAUGGCGGCUUGCCUUACUGGCUACGAAGAAUCGACGCCCAGGUGAGGUGCAGAUCUUCGGGCGCGUCGUACAUGGCGGCGGUGGCGAGGUGGCUGGACGUGCUUCUUCCCAAGGUCAAGCCGUACUUGUACAAGAACGGAGGACCCAUCUUGACAGUUCAAGUGGAAAACGAGUACGGAAACUUGGGGCCUUGUGACAAGACGUACCUGCAAAGCCUUGUCGCUCAGUUCAAGAGACACUUGGGAGAAGACGCCGUGCUUUUUUUCACUGACUACCCGACCGACAAGGCGUACGAAUGCGACCUCGCCAAUGGUCCGCUGGUAACGGCCGACAUCGGAGCUACGGUGAACGUGACGCACAUGUUCGACAUUGUGCGAAGAAACAUGAGAAAGGGACCGCUGGUCGUCACUGAGUACUAUCCCGGUUGGAUGGACAACUGGGGCAAGCGACACGCGAGGGUGGAUCAGCGGGCAUUCCUCAAGACCUUCGAGACCAUUCUCAUGAUGAACGCCUCGGUCAACGUUUACAUGUUUCACGGAGGCACUAACUUCGGAUUCGCGAACGGAGCCGAUCCAAUCCCGGAGCCAACCAGCUACGACUUCGAAGCGCCUCUCAAUGAAAGCGGGGACCCGACGGAGACGUACUACGCCAUCAGAAAUAUCACAGCGCGGUAUUUGCCUGCACCGCGCGGGAAAUUGCCAGUGCCGGCUGCUAAGUUGAACCUCGGUCCAGUAGAACUCGGGUGGUGUUACUCGCUCAGCGAGGUGCUAGACUUCUUGCGAGCUCACAAUAAGCUGAAAACUGUGACGUCACAGUUCCCACUGUCCUUCGAAGACAUCGGGCAGGAUAGAGGUUACGUUAUUUACACCACAGUUGUCGAGUUUCAACCGCACAGUCCCGCCAUAUUGGCGGCCCCUGGCGUCAAGGAUAGAGGUUACGUGUGGACUGCGGUGACGAAGGCUGUUCUGAGCAAAGAUCAAAAAAUUUUCAGCGCUCCCAUUGUUGUGCAGCAGGGAAAGAACAUCACAAUUCUCGUAGAGAACACUGGACGUGACAACGGCGGCCUUUGUGAAACAAAGGGAAUCAUCUCCAACGUCACCCUGGACAACCACGUGCUCUCUGGCUGGACCAUGGAACCACUGCCGUUGGACAAGUCCGAUGUGUUGACACACCUGAUUGAGGCCUUUGACAUUUCGAACGCAGUGCCACGGUGUUCUCAUCCAUCAGCGUGUUACGGCAGCUUGUCGAAUGCAGUGUCCCAGUGCUCGGCUCCCGGAGCGUUCUUCGGGGCGUUCGUGCUGCCCGAAGGUCAGAAGACGUUGGACACCUUCCUAGACCCGACAGGUUGGGGUAAAGGCGUGGCCAUUGUCAACGGCUUCAAUCUGGGACGGUACUGGCCCAGCAUCGGGCCACAGGUGACCCUGUACGUUCCCGGAGUGCUGCUCCGCCCGUAUCCGGAGAUCAACACCAUCCUGCUCUUCGAGACCGAGUCCGCGCCGGAAGGCAACAGGACCGUCAAUUUCGUGGACGUGCCAAACAUCGACGGUCCCGUACCCGGCGACACAUAGUGCUUGGGAGGCUAGCGUUCCGCGUAUGACAGGCUUGCAUGUGCAAGCACGGAUAGGGUGCAAAAUUUAAAACAAGAGACCACCAUACUCGUAUACGGACAAGUACUUCACAUUGUAAGAGCCAGGCUAAAGAAAGGUACAAAAUCUAUCCGAAAGUUUUGAAGUCCAAAAGUUUUGAAGCAAGCCUACUGCGCUUCUUGAGAUAGACCGGCCUGUGUGAACGCCUGUGAUUGGAACACCUUUUCUGUUACCUGUUCUUGUUUUACAGCAAAGCUGUAUACCUCUCGUUGGUCGGAAAAUUUCGUGGCGUAAACACAAAACUCCAGGUUAGCAAUUGAAGGCAAACGACAUAUCUUUCUUUGCAAUCAGACAUACAGCAGAUAUAUAUAUAUAUAUAUAUAUAUAUAUAUAUAUAUAUACUUAGCGACGCGUCACCAUGAUUUCAUACAUAAAAGGGAGAGACCCGUCCGGCAACUCAUUUAGUUGAUUCCAAGACUGCCAUGGUUAGACCACGGAAAUUAAAGACACCAGAAGAACAGCGUGAAUACAAUGCUCGACUAUGUGUGGUGUUUGAUACAGCUUCGCUGGACAUUCACCUUCGCAGGGCGGGAUGGCGGCCAAAUUCUUUUUUCUCUCUCUUUCUCUUUUCCCUAUUUGCAAUUGCUGUAUCCCCCACUGCAGUACAGGGUAGCAAACCGGCAACUCGCCCCUGGGUAACCUCUCUGCCUUUCUUCUCUGGCUCUCUCUCUCUCUCUCUCGUUGAUGUCACUUCACGCGUGACCGAACAUGCCGUGGGCCUGCACAGUGGAUCUCGGCAAAGCCUUCAUUGACUUAAAUCCCAAAUAACUGAGAACCGCGCCCUAUAACUUGCCUUCAAGAAGGGAUGCGGGGCUAAAACCUCGAUUUUGCUAUGAAAACGACAUUUUCGAAUUUUGUCUAUUUUGGGCUCGCCGACGUAUAAAGAAGCUCGUCAUCAAGUUUGGUUGCCAUCUGCGCCGUAGAAAUGAAGAAAAUGCAUUCUCCUCUCAUGACUGUGGCGAGUGCUCGCCGUCGAGAGCGCCCAUGGACGCUGUAUUCAAGACGCGGCCGCAGAGCUAGCAAGAAAGCAAACACGGAGUGAAUGCGCACAAUAGAAAGUUAGGUUUUCACGCGUUUGAAUCAAGGGAGGCCUUAUAUCGAGAGUGCGAGGGUCAACAAAAUGGAAACUAAAAAAGGAAGGGUAUAAUUCUGGCUGCGGCACCCUUGUCUACGAGCGCAGAGAGGGUUGCUGGACUGCUCCACAGCUUAAAAAAAGAGCGAAGGCGACUUGAAGCAAUUGCCGCAGAGCAGGUUCGAAUUGAAGAGGAUGGUGAAAC